GGCUGUGUAUGGGGGGUUGCUUACAGAUUGCCAGCUGGACAAGAAUGUGAAGUAAAGGCAUACCUGGACUUCCGAGAGAAGGGAGGCUACAUGACAACAACUGUCAUUUUCUACCCAAAAGACGCUUCAGUAAAACCUUUUGAUGUACUGCUAUACAUCGGAACUUGGGAUAACCCUAACUACCUUGGUCCGGCGCCUCUGGAAGAAAUCGCCGAGCAGAUUUUCGGUGCAGUUGGUCCCAGUGGCAGAAACACGGAAUACCUAUUUGAACUCGCCAGUGCCGUCAGAAAUAUCGUACCCGAAGAAGCAGAUGAGCAUCUCUUCUCCUUAGAGAAACUAGUAAAGGAACUCUUGGAAAA